CACUGAUUUUCAAUUAGUAGUUAAAAAGAACUAUAACAAAGGAAAUUGGAUAAAUCUGUGAUAUUUAAAUAACAUGUCAACAUAUGGAAUAACAAUAUUAUAAAUAAGAGAAAUUAAAUAAACCCUUUAAGGGUUUAUUGUAUUAAAAAUAACUUUUUCAUUGGACUUUGUGAACAACAGUGGAUAAAUUCGUCAAUUUGACUUGUGUACAAAAAUGUGGUGCAAUACGUACAUAUUUGCACGUUAACAUUGAUUUGUCAAGGUUUCAUCAUUUGCUCUUCUUAAAAUGGCAACGGGAUUGCGAAAGGGAGCAAAACUUAACUAUAAACUGAUGAACGAACAGGGGAUAUCGCUAGACACUAAAGAUAACAGCGAUAACAAUGAUGAUCAGGUUGCUGAGGAUACUAGAAAAGAUUCGGUUUUCUCGCCGGUUAAAUCUAAAGCGCAAAAAUCAAACGCAUCUUCCGCAGAGGAUGAUGGGAAACACUCUUUACCCGAGGAGGUUGAUUCGGACGAUCAGGAAAUCGAAAAAUUGCAACGUGAGUUGGAAACUCUAGAAAAAGACGAAGCAAAACUCAAGAAAAUUAAACAGAAAGAAGAAUUACGCCAGAAAGUGGUGAGGAAAAGAGACGAGGUCAAGGCUCUAAGAGGCUAUUUUUAUCUUAUCUACUGUAAGGUAGGAUCCUUUGUCAUUCAACCCUAUAAUUUGUGUUGUGUUAUUGCUGAUUUUAUUUUUUCUCUCUGCUUUGUAUUUAUAGUUUUUGCUGGGCUUGGCUGAGGGUUGGCGGGUAUAUCAGUAUUCAACUGAUUUAUUAAAUAAUUUGUCUUCCCGUACUUAAUUAAUUGUAUUGAUUUGUCAUCUUUACAUGCUUUAGUGACACGUUUGCUGACAUUAAAUUCCAGUCUUUUUCAACUGUGGUUUCCUUAUUUAUUUGAGUCUAAAAAUAGGGCUUUAAUUGGUUUAUUUUAAUUCAAUUAAAAUAUUUAAUUCAAGCACACCCGACUUUAGCCCGGCUUGUUCUUCACUUCCUGGUUUCAGCCGGUAACCAAAAUUUUAUCUCCCGUUUUUUCAUUGGUGAUAGUUUUGUUUGUUACUUAAAAUUUGAUUGGGUAUUUCUAUCAUCUUUAAAAUAGGAACCGCGAAAUGUAGCGUCACUUAGUUCUUAGUUGUUCAGCGUGUCACACUGAUUUUCAAUUACCCGCCCACCCAUUUUCAAUGCCCAAUUUUUUUUUAUUUAUGUUGUGUUUAAUUUGUCUGAAAUGAAGACAGAUGUACUUCAAUGUGUUGUUUACACCUUUGUUUUGCUAGUAUUCGUGUUGUGUUGCAGCUUUAAUAGUGUAGUUUAAGCAAAAGUACAUUAGUUGUGCAUGAGCUUUGUAUGUAUGCAAUAUGUUAUUUAUGUUUGCUAUUUUAUUUUGCUC